AUGGCUGACUUCAGCAAGAUCCCGUCAACGGCAACGCUUCAGCCGAAGCCAUUCAAAGCUCAUGUCGACGAGCAAAAGCUCCAGAACAUGAAAGAUCUCCUCAAGCUAUCACCUGUCGGUCCUGCUGUAUGGGAGAACACAAGCAAAGACCAAGGCGAGACUCUGCUCUCCAACCCUGCCAGAGUCCAUGGCAUGAGACGGGACUGGCUUGAGAGUGCCAAGGAUCAAUGGCUCAAUCAGUUCGAUUGGAGGAAACACGAAGAUCACAUUAAUUCGUUCCCCAACUUCACUGUACCCGUCACCGGCGACGAUGGCGUCACUAUCGACAUGCACUUCAUGGCUCUCUUCUCCGAGAAACAGGAUGCCGUCCCGAUCGUCUUCACCCACGGCUGGCCCGGAAGCUUCCUGGAGUUUCUGAAGCUGUUCGGCUUACUCAAGGAGCGCUACUCACCCAAGGAUCUGCCAUACCACGUCGUCGCACCCAGUCUGCCGGGCUACGGGUACUCCUCCGGACCGCCCGUCGACGUGGACUACACCACGGACAAGGCAUCAGACGUGGUGGGCAAGCUCAUGGCAGGCCUUGGCUUCGAGUCGGGCUACCUCGCUCAGGGUGGCGACCUCGGCAGCUUCGUCAGCAGAUAUCUAGCGCUCAACCACGAUGCUUGCAAAGGCAUGCAUCUCAACAUGUUCGCCAUCGGCCCGCCGGAAGACGAGGAGAAGAAGAAGCAAAUGUCCGAGAUCGAAGCAAAGGCGCUUCCCAGAGGUGAGGCCUUCCGUGCCAACGGCCAAGCGUACGCGAUUGAGCACGGCACCAGGACUGCCACCAUCGGCUUGGCGCUGAGCGCCUCGCCGUUGGCGAUGCUUGCGUGGAUCGGCGAGAAGUUCCUCGAGUGGACCGACACGGACCCGUCGGUGGACGAGAUCCUCGAGAGCAUCUCGCUGUACUGGCUGACCGACACAUUUCCGCGCUGCAUCUAUCCUUAUCGCGCGCUUAUAUCCGGCAAGCGACCAUCGCAGGACUAUGUCGAAAAGCCAUCCGGCUACAGCUUCUUCCCAAGGGAGCUGAAUCCUGUGCCUAGGAGCUGGGCUGAGGCCUCGUGCAACCUCGUGUCGUACUCGGGUCACUCGAGCGGCGGCCACUUUGCGGCGAUGGAGCACCCGAACGAGCUUUUGGCGGACGUGGAGGAGUACGUCAAGAAGGCAUGGAAGGGACUCAAGAGCCUGGAGCUCUCCCGCCUCUACUCGCUUUCCGUCUGA